CGCCUGGCCCUCUUGCAUUUGAGUUACAUACUUUGCGAGAGUGGAGGAGGUUGAGGUGUGGACUGUGUGAUCAUUAAUUUGCCGAUUGAAAAAUGGAUGCGGAAGCUUUAGAUGCUGCAGCCAAACUUGUUCCUAGGGCAUUUUUGACAACAGCAAAUGAUGCACAAGAUAGCAGAGCGAAAGUGUUUCGCAUACUUCUUGAACAGCGGAAACUGCCUGCCGACGGCUGGUCGGAGCAGCUGAUCGAGUCUUUCCUCGGCGAACUCUCGCUGAUGGACUCGAACAACUUCCCCUCCAACUGCGGCGUCGGCGAGCGGGAGGCCCGACUCGCAUCAGGUCUGGUGUCGCGGCGCCACUUCCACCUGGGUCACGGCAUCGGCCGGUCGGGCGACCUGACUGAGCCGCAGCCCAAGGCGGCCGGCUCGAGCGUCAUCAAUCGGCUCACCAACGACCUGGCGCUGGACGCUCUGCGGGCGGCAGGCCUGCGCACGGCGCGCGCCUGUUUCGUGGUGCCGAUGGCCACCGGUAUGACGGUGACGCUGUGCCUGUUGACGCUGCGCCACAGUCGGCCACGCGCCCGGUACGUCAUCUGGCCGCGCAUCGACCAGAAGAGCUGCUUCAAAGCCAUCGUCACGGCAGGUUUUGAGCCGAUCGUCAUUGAGAACGAGCUGGACGGGGACGAGCUGCGGACGGGUAUCGACGACGUACAGCGUGCCAUCGUGGCCAAGGGCGCCGAGAACAUUCUGUGUGUCCUCAGCACCACCAGCUGUUUCGCGCCGCGCGGCAUCGACCGUCUGGAGGAGCUCGGGGCUCUGUGUCGAGACCACUCGAUCCCGCACGUCAUCAACAACGCCUACGGUGUGCAGAGCUCAAAGUGCAUGCACGAGAUACAGCAGGCGGCCAGGACCGGCCGGGUGGACGUCGUUGUACAGAGCACCGACAAAAACUUCAUGGUGCCCGUCGGCGGCGCCAUCGUCGCCGGUUUCGACAAGGCCCUGGUCGACUCCAUCAGCAAAAACUACCCAGGUCGGGCGUCCGCUGCGCCCUCGGUGGACCUGCUGAUCACCCUGCUGGCGCUGGGCGCCGAGGGCUGGAAGGCUCGCCUCCAGGAGCGGAAGCGGAUGUACACCGAGCUGCAGCAGCGCAUGAUGCAGCUGGCAGAGCGGCACGGCGAGCGGCUGCUGCUCACCAGAAACAACCCCAUCUCCAUCGGUAUGACUCUGACCGGGCGCGGCGGUGACCGGACCGAGCUCACCCAGAUCGGCUCAAUGCUCUACACGCGCUGCGUGUCCGGCACUCGGGUCAUCGCCCCCGGCGACACCAAGGUCAUCGCCGGCCACCAGUUCGAAGGGUGGGGCGCGCACCACAGUCACUACCCUCACGCCUACCUGACGGCCGCCGCCGCCAUCGGCAUCACCGAGACGGACGUGGAGCGCUUCAUCGGCCAGCUGGACAAGGUGCUGGCGCGCUGGCGGCGCGACCGGCCGCCGCCGGCGGCGCCCUCACCGGCGCCCGCGGCAACUAACGGUCAGUCGGCCGGGGGCGCCUCGUCCUCGGACGGGGCGCCGCCGCGCGAGAAAAAGGUGGUGAUCGUGGUGGGUCCCAGCGGUCGCGAGACGAACGGCGCCGCGUCGCCGCAGCCGCCCGAGAAGAACAGCAAAAAGAGCGUGGCAGUCACUCUGCUGUAGGCGGGGGGGGGGGGGCGUGUCAGGUGCUGGUGGGUCCAGCACCGGGGUGGCCUGGGCUCGGAGGACGGGGACGGGGAAUAUGAUAUAGUUUGCUUUGGAGAUUUCGCUUCGUGUCAUCGGUAGUCUAGUCCCGCGUAUUUAUUUACGACAUUCAAGAGAAGAGGUCUGGCGUGGUGUGGUGUGUGCAGAGUGGUUGUGAGCGGUAACGUACUGUGAAUGUUUAGUCAGUCCAAAUGUGAUCUGCCAUCUGCCUCAGAUGAUACCCAUAAGUGAUUGCUGAGCCUUACAAUCGAUGGUCGAGACCGCCUUCGAUCAUUGAUCGUGAUUUUGAAAACUAGUGAUACAAUCAUGACCAGUCUGAUUAUUGUCAUUUCACCAAAGAUCGCCGGAACUGAGUUCCGCUGGUAGCGGCAGUGAUUACCAGUGAUCAGGGUUGUGGCUGCAGUGCUGGGAGUCGGGACCCCAGUGCCGGUGACUGGCUCUCUAGCUCCGCUAGCAGGGGUGAUGAUGCGGGUGCGGUCGGUAUCCGAGCGGCGACCCGACCUCUUCCAGGGGAGAUGCAUUUCCAGGGCCAUUGGAACGGAUAGGGGACUUUCUCCCGCUUCUUUGAAAGGUGCGGUAAAUGAGUUUUUGUGCCUACAUACUAUGAUUCCUCAAAGGAUAUUCGAUGUAGCUAUCGGGAUGAUCUUCACAUCGGGACAAUGCUCUCAGUGCUGUACAUAGAUAAUAACUUGUGGAAUAAUUCACAUUUCCCGCAAAAAUAGCCCUAAGCUGUUCACCGUCAUUGUUGGUUAGUGUUACCUUGUCUCGCGAUAACUGCCAAAUCACUAUUAAUUAUAUGCUACCAAGUACCAGACUUGUUUGAAAAACCCAUUUUCACGUGAUGCAACCGUACCAUCUUGACCAUAAGCUUGUGUUUUGUGUCGUAUCGUAUAUGUGUGCGUACUUUAGUCACAUAUUGUAGCGUCAUUUGUGCCGCUUGUCAUAAUAUACACAUCUUCUAGC